AUGAAUUCUGUGUAUUACAAACAACAUGAAGAUGGAAUUGCUUCAAAUCCGGUGGGUUCGCUGUCAUCUGCUUCGGGUCCAUGGUGGAGUGGACUUGCGACUCAAUCCACUUUUGAAGAAUCUGUAGGCCGAAUGAAGCUUUCAUCAAUGGAAAACUGUGGAGAACAACUAAUGCUUAUUGCCCCUAAACCAUCGUCUCAAAGCACAGAUCAAGGAAAUACGACUCAUUUCAAUACCUUUCCUGGUGAUUGCAAGAAUUCAUCGAAAGGGCAAAAACCAGUGCAAUUUGAGGCUGCUUUCUCACAUGAGUAUGGAGGUCAACUUGAGCUAGGAUUUGGUCAACCAGCUGUGAUUUGUGGCAAGUAUACUUAUGGGGAUCAAUAUUAUGGCAUGAUAUCUGGUUGUGGACCUCAAAUCACGGGUCGGAUUAUGCUGCCUUUGAAUUUGAGCACCGAUGAUGGGCCUAUAUUUGUGAAUGCAAAACAAUAUCAUGGAAUAAUCCGGCGCAGGCGAUCCCGUGCUAAGGCUGAAAUGGCGAAAAAGGCUCCGAAAGGUCGUAAGCCGUAUCUACACCUCUCGCGCCAUCUCCAUGCAAAGCGCCGGCCAAGAGGCUGCGGGGGCCGCUUCCUAAACACGAAAGAAAUGGAGAAGGGUAAUGUUGGAAAUUUGGAGUCGAAAACAACCGAGCAUCCAAUCGACUCUCAGCGAUCAGAAGUUUUGCAGUCUGAUCACGAAAUGAAUGCCAGUAGGCCGAACAUUUCGGGAUCAGAGGUCACAAGCAUGUUCUCCAUGGGAGACCUCAAUCUGUUCCCUUCUCUUUCGGACGUGAUGAUGUCCGGGAACAAUAUGCAUGGCUUGGCCAUGCAUAAUAAAUGGGUUGCAGCGGCUACCGGUAGUGGUAGCCGCUGCAACCUAACAGUCUGAUGGCAGAUGGGAUCUUGAUGUGUGGAUCACAGAUCAACACGUCAGAUCCCGUCCAUCGAUAGUCAAAUGUGACGGAUGUUUCCGCUGUUUGGCUAGGCAAAUCAUCCUUGGCUUUUGUGUUAACGUUGUGUCUCUUUAACGUUAUUCCCCCUGCAGACAUUGCAGUGUUUGGGAGUCGUUAAGAGAUGCUAAAUGGCCUUAACACAUUCAAUGGGCAAACACUUCUUUUAGAUUUGUUUGUUUCACUUUACAUUAAUGGUGUGUUGCUUGAAAUAAAUCGUGCGUUUUGACUUCCAAACAUUUGAUAACUCUCAGUUACACGAUAUGUAUCAUAUGUGACUUUAAAAACAUUUGGUAUAUGGCAUGUAUCAUAUGAUUGAUACUUUUGGUUAAUAAACUUCUUGUGAAUUUCCCCUUGGC